AUGGAUGUUGGUUCUUCCUCAAGUGUUCACACAUCUUUUACCAUAUCGGGCCCUCUGUGUGAUUCUCUUGGCGCAUUACACUCAGAGGAGUUCGGCUCCUAUACUGAUGAGGAGAUGAUUACUGCCGUGCCCCUGUAUCCUGACAUUGCGCCGGUCUUUGAUAAUCUGGCGUUGAAUCGGUCGAGGUUGGAGACUGCACUCCACCGACAAGAGAUUAGGAAGUUGGAGGAUGCUCUUCAGCAGGAGAAGGAACGAUCUCGUGACCUGGAGAUCAAACUCGCCGAUGCUCAAGAUCUAGAUUCUUCUUCGGAGUAUAGGCUUAUGAAGAGAAAAUGGGAUAUCGAGAAAGAUCUUGUGGAGAAUCUUCGACAACGAAUUUGCAAUAAGGAUGAGAAGAUAGACCGACAGGAGGCCGAGAUCCAACAACUUCAAGAGGAAUUGGACAAAUAUCGCCUGUUUGAGUAUGUCCCCAAGGAGAUAGAUAACUUGCGGGAUCGCUUGGGGAUGUUUCAGAGACUUGCUGCCGAGCAGGGUCGUGUUAAGGAUCUGGAGCGAGAUGUGCACAACCUCGGGCAAGAGGUGGAGCAGUGGAAGAAGGCUGAAGAUGAGACGAAGGUUAAGAUCCAUGCCGCCGAGUCGAGGUCUGAGCAGCUUUCUCAGCAGAUUGUGGACGAGAAAAACGCUCAUCAGAGCGAGCUAGCUGAGGCGAUUAAGGCCGGUGUGAACGAGUACAUCGCGCAAAAGCGCCGCGAGGUUUCUCAGAGGUAG